AUGUCAACACCAGCCUUUCCUUCAUUAAGUUCAUAUUCUACCAUUUCAAAGCCGCAGUCCAUAUCUUCUCACCAUAAUUUUGCUGGUCAGAAAUAUGUCAUCUUGGAUGAGGCAUCCAUACUCAAAUCGUUAGAAAAGUCAACUCAAUGUGUUGUGCCAUCGUCACCACCCGAUAUAACAAUUCCUUCACCGCAGACGCUUUGCGCAGAAAAUUUCUUACCUAAGAAGUUGAUUGGAUGCAAAACGCCCAACGCAUUCAUUAUAUAUCGGACUGUAUACGUUCAGCAACUAACUGAGAACGAGCAUCGAUACAAAAUGAUCGACGUCAGUAGAUGGGUCUCUGAAUCAUGGAAGAAUGAGACCAAAGAGGUUAAAGCGGCAUUUAAGCUACUUGCUAGGGAUGUUCGUAGAUUAUAUCAUAAUCGUAUUCGCUCUUCGUUAUCAGCUCCCCAACGGACUAUCACUCCGGUCACAAGUCAUAUGCCCCAUGAUACAUCAUCGGGCCCCUUGGCAUCGUCAACAGAAAUUACGAAUUCUGCUCAUUCUGUUCGACAUGUGAUGUACUCUCCACCAAGCGCACGUGUUCAGCAUGCUUUGAAUGCCCAAUAUCCGUCUUCUAGGGUUACAAACCAUCCACCAUUCGAUGUUGUACAGUUCUUGUCCAACCAAAAUCUCUUGAGCAAUUCGUUUGCUCUUCCUCCGCAUGAAAGGAUUAGCUAUGGAUGGACGAAAUUGGGUAGUACAAGAAGGGAGAGAAGAACUACUCACACAUUUCCUGAUGCGGUCUUGAGCGAUUUUGAGUUUGUCGAUAAAAGUGAUGUCCCAUGGGGAAGACGUGGAUAA